AAGCCGGGAGCCGAGGCCUCUGGGACGGGGCUGUGUUGCCCAGUAACCGCGCAAACAACAUGGUCGACAACAGGGAGUCAGCAGAAGCUUUAAUAGCAGAUCUCCAAAAGAAAAUCAAAGAUGCUUUUGCUGUUUUUGAUCAUGAGGAUAACAACACUGUGGAUGUCAGGGAAAUUGGUACAAUCAUUAGAUCUCUAGGUUGUUGUCCAAGUGAAGAAGAACUUCAUGAAGUAAUAGCAGAGGUAGAGGAAGAAGAACCCACUGGCUACAUACAGCUUGAUAAGUUCCUUCCAAUGAUGACUAAAGUAUUAAUGGAAAGAAAAUACAGACCCCAGCCAGAGGAUGUUAUUUUACGAGCGUUCCAGGUGUUAGAUAAGAAUAACAAUGGUUAUCUUACUCAAGAGGAACUUACAAAAUACUUGACUCAAGAAGGGGAGCCAUUUACACAGGAGGAGAUGGAAGAGAUGCUGUCAGCUGCUGUGGAUCCAGAUAAAAAUGUUAUCCUAUACAAAGAUUUUGCAGCAAUGAUGACAGUGGAAGAAUACUGAAACAUGUUUGCACUUCUCAACUAUUGGCAAAUUAGACUGGAAAGUGUUUUCACCACUCCCG